AUGAGGGAUGAAAUACGUUCAUGCUGUCUGCGAACUACUACAUUCAUCAAGAGGGCGACCGCGUUCAUCGUUACUCAUGUUGGUUUGUGUUUUAUGGUGGCCGUUUACGCAGUUGUGGGCGCUUUCAUGUUCCAAGCCAUAGAAUAUCCGAAAGAAAUGGAAUUUCAAGGCCACAUCAAGAACGAUACAUGGAAUGUUGUCCACGAACUAUACGAUUUCAUCAACAACAGCACUGUGAUUGAAGAAGCUGAAGUGAAAAGUAAAGCUCAUCGUUUGCUCAAACAUUACGAAAAAUUGCUAGUAGAAGCUGUGAAUUUUGAAGGUUAUGACGAACAUGACGAUACUCGACCCACGUAUCAAUGGACGUUUUCGGGAGCAUUACUGUAUUCCAUUACAGUAUUCACUACCAUAGGGUAUGGGCACAUCUGCCCAAAAACAGAUACUGGUCGCUUGAUGACGAUCAUUUAUGCGAUGAUCGGUAUACCAUUGAUGUUAUUGUGCCUUGCAAAUAUUGCUGAAACCCUUGCGCAGAUUUUCACCUAUAUAUACUUUAAAGUAUGCUGUGCAUACUGUCGAUGGCAGCGUAAUCGUCGACGUAUUCGAAGGGCUGCCCUUUCAUUCCGUUAUCAUCCCAAUGCUGCUGUCAACAAUGUUCGACGAGUGCAAUCAUCCCGGUCGAACCAGCGCUAUAAUAACGUACGUCGACAUCCGUCGCUAAAUCGAGGACGCAGCCGAUUUACGGAUACGAAAAGUGUGCGCAGUUUUGGAAGAAGCCAAGAAGCGCGUCAUGAAGCGCAACGCUAUGACACGAUUAGUCUUCCGGGUCGGCGAAAAAUCAGUCAUUCACGGAGUCCCAACGGGACGAUAUCGAGGAAUACGUUCGCUAAGAAUGGCAGUGGAAGAUAUAAUCUACAAAAAUCGAAUACAACAAUGAAUAUGGAGCAGUUCAGCAUGCAUGAUUUGGACGAGAAACGUUAUCGUCGACGAAAACAACGACCGACAGCGUCGGAAAGUCCAGCUCGUGAUUACCGGGGAGGAAUACCAGUGAGAGCACAUCAUGACGAUACAGCCACUGAGAUGAAAGUAUAUUCAGUGUCUUCAUUUCAUGAUAUCUCGCAUGAGAAGAGAAGACGAAAACCAGACGAGGGGACCUCUAACGUGCCAAAUGUAGUGAUUUCAAGAACGAGAGAUGACGAGGUAAAAGCAGGCAGCGAUGUAGAAAGAACAGAAGAGACUAGUGCUCAGUUAUCGUUCUCCGAUGAUGAAGAUGUCGAUCGCAAGCCAUCACAGCGCGAGCCGAACGAUAUGGCACGAGAUCUUGUCCGUGAUCUUGGACGAGAUAAUCGAGACCAUUCCUACCAUGGAGCAGCCAUGAAGCAACCAAGCAUGGAUAGUUCAAUGUCGCGGAGGGUACGCGAAUUCGACGGGCGCUCUUAUAGGUCGGAUCGGUCAGAACGGUCGGAUGAGAUGUCAUUACAUUCAAUACGACGGCAGGGUUACGGCAACAACAAGGAGAAAAUGCCCGUUAGCGUUGGUAUUUGUAUCGUUUUCGCAUUCAUCUCAGGAGGCGCCGUGUUGUUCAGUUGGUGGGAAGGAUGGAAUCCGUUCGAUGGUGCCUAUUACUGCUUCAUCACUCUAAGCACAAUAGGAUUUGGAGAUAUCGUACCUGGGCAGGCACUGGAUGAAGGCUCACAGGAGAAGCUGAUUGUGUGUGCACUAUACCUGCUGUUCGGAAUGGCACUAAUCGCCAUGUGCUUCAAACUGAUGCAGGAUGAUGUGGUCCAAAAGGCACGAUGGCUUGGACAGAAAAUCGGCAUUCUAGCGUCUCAGCCGAUGGAGUUAAGCGAGCUCAUCGCUCGUCAUGCUUUUUUCAUUUUUGGUGCAACCGGAUCAGCAGCUGGAGCUAAACCACCACCUGAUCCAAAUAUUUUCACUGAAUUGGAGGAAAGAAUACCUGAACUUGGACAACUGGGUAACUUGUUUACUAAUAGGUAG